CUUGAAAGUCGUAAAAAUGUUUUUAAAUGCAUAGUAAAGUAACAUCAAUAGUGCUUGUAGCUAAUUUGAACUCCUACAAAAGUUAAGUCACAAUGAAGAGGUUUAUUGUAAAAAUAAGUCAAUGACUAAGAAAAUUAUGCACUUUUAGGUUACUGUGUAAUCUAGAAGUGUUCUUAUCAAAGCAGAAAAGAGAAGCAGCAAACAAGAAAGUGUUCAAAACUGGUCAACAAUAUGUCUUGUGUUGGAAACAAUACACUAUCUCAUGGAAAAAUUGUGUGGCCAAUUCUGGAUGGUGUAUUGUUAAUAGGCAUUCUAUGUGGAAAUAUUUUAACAAUUUGUGCAGUUUGUUGGUGCAGGCGACUAAAUAACAUUCUAUCAAAUCAUUUUGUGUUAAGCCUUGCAGUAUCCGACCUAGUGGUAGGAUUGGCACUACCAUAUCACAUGGCGUUUUACAUAUGCAAUCCUUUGGGAAGUGACAAACAAACUUGCAUCCUGAGAUUUGUUCUUAUUACUUUGCCAUGCUGUGUUUCCAUGUACAAUCUAAUAGUAAUUGCAGUAGACAGAUACAUAGCAAUAAUUCAUCCUUUACAUUACUACCGAUACAUGACUCGAAGAAUGGCUACAAUUCUAAUUGCGUCAGGGUGGAUUACAGCUUUCAUCCUUUCGACAGUGCCAGCUUAUUGGAAUACUUUUGAUGAACCAUGUCAAGAGCCAUGUGAUGAACCAUGUCAACUACAUAAUGUACUGCCAGCAGUAUAUAUUUUAUUCAUUCUUACACCAGCUUUCCUACUCGUGUGGAUAGUUAUGUUUGCACUGUAUUGGAGAAUAUGGCGAGAAGCAGCUGGCCAUGCCAAGCGCUUACGCAGUGCUCAUCUCAACAACAGUCCUUCAGAUUGGAAAUCUUUGCAGAUGGUGAUGUUAAUUCUAGGGUGCUUUUCCUUCUGCUGGCUGCCUUUCUUUAUCGUAAUUUGUUCAAGAUCUGCUCAAUUAACUAUUCCACGUUCUCAGUUAGUUUAUCAAGUAACAUAUUUGAUGGGUAUGGCUAAUUCUUGUAUAAAUCCCAUUAUAUAUGCAUGGAAAAAUUCAGAAUUCAGAAAAGCCUUUGCUAGACUUUUACACUGCCAAUCACCAAAUAGAUUACAGACACUUUUGCCAGAAACAAAGGAUAUACAACUCCAUACAAUUGGAAAUAUAACUGAAACUCCCUUUCCAUCAGAAGUGAAUUAAGAAAUUUCACACCUUACUUCACAUCUACCUCGAGUAAAAUCACAUUUUUUGUUUGUACUGUUGAAAAUAAUCGCAUUGUGAAAAUAGGCAAUCUCUUUUCUAAAGCGACAUUAGUUUCAAAUUUGUUAACAAAACGAUCUUUUGCUAGGUCCAACCUGGCAAUUUUAUAGAAAACAUAGUGAAAGAAAAAAACAUGCUGUUCAAUGUACAUAAGUAGCAGCCAAGACAAUAUAUUGUGCAGAAGCUCAAAUUUUCUGCAAGUAAAGCUAUUAUGUAAUACAUGAAAUACUUUAUUGUAUUUUAAUACAGAUAUGAACGAAAACUACUUGUAUUAAACAUGAAUUAAAAGUUAUUUAAAGCGCAUCAUAAGGUUGUUUUUUAUUAUUU